GACAUUGGCAAUGUUAUUGUUUCUUCAGACCUUUGGAGUGCAGCAUAUCGUGAGGCAAUUGAGAAUCUUAGGCAGGAAAUAGACAUUGCAACUCUAGAAGGAAAGGAUGCCGUGCAGCUAUUCAGAGAACUCCAUGAGACUGAAAAAGAGACAACUGAUGAAUCUGCCUUCUCAAGAGGUUUGAGGCAUUUUGCAAUUAAGUUAGAAUUAGAUCUGGUGAGUUCCCUGACAAACGUGGAACCGACUGCAGCAACGGUUUUUGGUGUGCUCAGAAGCGUGACUGCGAUUGCUAUCAGCUUUGCAACUGCUGAUUUAGACUUCGCGAAGCAAAUUGGGGAAAUGCUAGAGCAAAUUCCCUACAUUGAAUGAUUUUGACACGCUCGGCCAGAAAGCGGAUAGGAAAGAUAUUCAUGAGGUAAUCUACAGUGAGUCGUUUGAAAGCCUUUCUAAUGUUUCACAGGCACUCGUACUGGUGUACCAAAAGAUCCUAGAGUUCUACAAAGUCGCACUCGAAAUAUUAAGUAGGAAAGGGGUAAAAUUCAG